AUGGUAUUGGACCUAUUGGUACUAGGUGGGAAGAAGGCGGAAGAGGAGAUAGCAAAGAAGGGAAUGCAACUGGGGAAGUACGAGAUCGGAAGGACUCUGGGCGAAGGCAAUUUCGGAAAGGUCAAAUACGCCAAGAACCUGGGAACAGGCCAACCCUUUGCUGUUAAGAUCCUGGAGAAGAACCGAAUCAUCGACCUCAAGAUCACCGAUCAGGUCCUAGCAAGCAAAACAAAGAUUUACAUGGUCCUUGAAUUCGUGAAUGGUGGUGAAUUGUUUGACAGAAUUGCAUCCAAAGGAAAACUCGCGGAGGCUGACGGCAGGAAGCUCUUCCAACAGUUAAUUGAUGGAGUCAGUUACUGUCACAGCAGAGGCGUUUUCACCGGGAUCUCAAG